UUGACAGUAAAACAUGAUAUUGAUUCGAUUGACAUUUACAUUUGCAAAUCUUUGCCAUUUUACUUUGUUUUCUAGUAAUAAAUAAACAUUUUUUUACAAUCGCCGGCGCAAGUUAGUCAAUCAAGAAUUUCUAUACAGUAUAAAUUGACAACACAACGUCUACUGCAAGUCUUAAAUAAUGUCUUCUUUAGUAGAGUUAAGACCUAACAGGAAUUAUUUAGAUCACGAAUUUGAGGGUUACAAAUACAAUAUACAUGCUCUCGCACAUUACACUUAUGAGUUGAACGUUCCUGUUGACAAAGUGUAUCCAGAUGAUGUGCAAUAUUCAUUUGUGCAUGCAAAGCUUUUCGCCCUUCAUAACCAUCUCGUGGUAGACCACUGGGAUUAUUCUUAUGGUUUCUAUUAUAUUGACAAUAAACAGCAAGUACAGAAAAUUAAUUUUGACAGUUUUACUCAAAAAUUUAAAACCACCGUUGUUUACGAUAUUCCAGCUCAUACUGAAAGGAAACCUGGGCAUUUUAACCUUUGUCUUUCAUUCCCAUCUGCAAAUUUAGCUACCGUCAGUGAUGGCACAGGCUACUUACAUAUUAUUGAAACAGGUACCAGAAGUAAAGCUAUGGGGGAAAUACAGACAUGGCAGACAUUGCACUCCAGUUUAGUUCUCGGAGAAGGGAAAUAUUUCAACUUGAUAGACUCUAGAACUCGGGAAAAAGAUGAUUGGGAAUCACUACAUUGUCUGUUACAGUCAGUGGAACAUAAUGAAACACAGUUUAAUUCAGUACUGACAUGGGUGACAUUUGAAUUAAAACAAAAUGAAAACAAUUGGUCUCAGGCAAGUUUCAGACAGCUGAGAGGCAAAGGUAUUAUACAUUAUGCCGCCAUGGAGACCAAUUGCUCUGCUCUUUAUGUUGCAUCUGACAACCCAUUUGAGUUUAUUGUAGAUUCAGUAAGUGAGAUAUUGCAAAAACCUAAGGAAUUGCAACAACAAAUUAUAUAUACAUGGCUUCAAACAACUGAAGAUAUAACUAUUACAUUAAAAUUACAAACAAAUUUUGAUAAAAAGUUACUUCAUGUUAAUGUAGGUCCUUUAUCUAUUAAAGUUAGCUAUGCAGGUAAAGUGUUCUUGGAAGGUAAGCUUAAACAUAAAGUGGAGAGUGAGUUUACUACAUGGAAUGUAGAAGAAAGUGGACAGGUGGAUAUAUUAAUCACUAAAUGUGAGAGUGUAAUUUGGGACAGCCUAAUAGAAGGAGGGGAUAAAAAUGGAGAGCAAAUAUUGGAUGCAAGUUUAGUAGAAGAGACUCACAGGAAACUUGCACAUUUGUGUUCAGAGUUGGAAGUGACAGGUGACAAGCUGGUCCCUGGACUUUCAACGCAAGAGUAUGAAGAGUGUGAUGCUGCAUCUGAAGAAGAUACAGUACUAGUUCGCAUGGAUUUAAACAGUCAUCAAGUAACACAUCGGAUUCCACUUAGUGUCCAUCAGUACUUGUUCAACAUCAAAUUAGCAGUAGAUGAGGUUCCUGCGUUAGCUUUACGACAUGACGUUGACGCCUGCAUCUGGCAGCCGUAUGCUCAGCUUGUGAACUCUGACACAUGGCCGGUGAAGCACCAAGGGGCUCUACUCGCUUUUGGAUAUGUACAAUCAUCUAAACAAAAUCGUAAAUUUGUUACAUGUUCACCCAAUUUUGCAUAUAGUGUAGUCUGUGAAGCUGCAACGCACAUUUUUAUUUAUAAAAAGUCAAGUGAUAGUAACUGCCACUUGAGAAAAAGGAUCGGGACUGAAGUUACAAGCAUAAAACAUGGUCAACAGCGUAUUAUAAAUGUAAAUAAAUAUGGAGAAAUUUUAGGCAUCCAUGCAACUAAUGAGUAUUUAUUUGUUUUGACUAUAAAUAAUUUAAUUGCCAUUCAGAUUGAGUAAAUAAAUUAAAUUUGAUCAGGAA